AUGAGUACCAUUCAUAUUACUCUUUCAUUUCUCUCCUUGUUCAUUUUUAGUUUUCAAGACCUGUUUGCCGCUUCUACUAGACACUUGUGUCGUCCUGAGCAAAGGGAUGCACUCCUCGAUCUCCUGAACGAGUUUGAGAUUCGGAAGUCUUCUUUUGAUGAGUGUUAUAUUAAUGGUAGCUAUGUAAGCCCUUUUCCGAAGACGGUGUCAUGGAAAAAUGACAGCGACUGUUGUUAUUGGGAUGGUAUCAAGUGUGAUGCCAAGUCUGGGGAAGUGAUCGAGCUAGACCUCAGUUGCAACGGCCUCCAUGGCAGGUUACAUUCGAAUAGCAGUCUUUUUAGGCUUCAAAACUUUCGUUUUCUAACCACUCUACACCUUUCUAGUAAUAAGUUUACUGGCCAAAUUCCAUCUUCACUUGGAAACCUUUCUCAUCUCACCUCUCUCGACCUUUCUGUUAAUCAGUUUUCUGGUCAGAUUCCGUCUUCACUUGGAAUGCUCUCUCAUCUAAACUAUCUCGAUCUAUCUGUUAAUCAGUUUUCUGGUCAGAUUCCAUCUUAUAUGGGAAAAUUUUCUCAUCUCACAUCUCUCUAUCUUUCAUAUAAUCAGUUUUUGGGUCAGAUCCCAUCUUCACUUGGUAGCCUUUCGCAUCUCACCCAUCUCGAUCUUUCUUUUAACAGUUUGGUUGGUGAAAUCCCAUCUUCUUUUGGGAGUUUGAACCAAUUGACCAGGUUAGAAGUUGGUUCCAAUAAGCUCAGUGGUAACUUUCCCAUUGUAUUACUAAAUUUGACAAAGCUGUCGGUUCUAAUUCUCGCCUCCAAUAAAUUCACAGGAACGCUUCCUUCUUCUCUCUUCACCAUUCCUUCUUUGAAUACUAUAUUUUUGAGUAAUAACAACUUCAAUGGCACUCUUGAGUUUGGGAAUAUAUCUUCACAGUCUCAGCUACAACUGUUGACCCUUGGAAAUAACAAUUUCAUAGGGCCAAUCCCGAGAUAUAUUCCCAAAUUAGUCAAUCUUAAGGUUCUUGAACUUUCACAUUGGAGCACCCAAGGCCCAGUUGACUUCAGUAUUUUCUCGCACCUCAAGUCAAUCCAAACGCUUAUGUUAGGCCAUUUGAACACCACAACUACCAUUGACUUGGAUGCAAUUUUAUCAUGUUCCAAGUCGCUUCGUUCAUUGUAUCUCUCAGGCAACCAUGUUUUCACAACGAGCAAAAGAUCAGUCUCAGAUCUUCCUUCGCAAUCAAUAGACACUUUGUACUUGUCAGGCUGCGGUAUUACCGAAUUUCCAGAGCUUCUAAGAACCCUUGAGCAUCUGCAGCAGCUAGACAUUUCCAACAACAAGAUCACAGGUCAAGUCCCUGGCUGGCUAUGGAAGCUACCAGAUCUGUAUUCCGUGUAUCUUUCCAGCAACAAUUUUACUGGAAGGAUUCCUUCUUUCAUCUGCGAGUUGAGGUCUCUAAGGAUUCUCGAUUUGUCAAACAACAGCUUUAGUGGUUCAAUCCCUCUUUGCAUGGGAAAUCUCAAGAGUACUCUUUCAGUUCUAAACCUUCGCCAAAAUCGUCUUAGUGGUGAUCUUCCGGAGAAUGUAUUUCAAAGUCUAAGGUCGCUUGACGUAGGUCAUAACCAGUUGGUGGGAACGCUUCCAAGAUCUUUGAUCCGUUUAUCUAAUCUUGAAGUUUUAAAUGUGGAAAGCAACAGAAUCAAUGACACUUUUCCCUUGUGGUUGAGUUCUCUUCAGAAACUGCAAGUUCUUGUCUUACGCUCCAACGCAUUCCAUGGACCAAUACGUCAAGCCUCCUUCCUUACGCUGAAAAUCAUCGACAUCUCACAUAAUCAUUUCAAUGGAAUUUUACCAUCGGAUUAUUUUGUGAAAUGGAGUAAUAUGUCAUCACUUGGGGCAAACGAGGAUCUUCCGAAUGAAAGGUACAUGGGAGAUGAGUAUUACCGGGAUUCAAUUGUUUUGGUGAAUAAAGGUGUAGAGUUGGAGUAUGAACGUAUCCUUAAAAUCCACACAGCAAUCGACUUCUCCGGAAACAAAUUUGAAGGAGAGAUUCCAAGCUCCAUCGGUCUAUUGAGAGAGCUUCAUGUGCUAAACUUGUCAAACAAUGCUUUCACUGGCCACAUCCCAUCAUCUAUGGGGAACCUGUCAGCUCUCGAGUCACUAGAUGUUUCCAGAAACAAGCUCUCAGGAGAAAUCCCACAAGAGUUAGGGAAUCUCUCGUCCCUGGCGUACAUGAACUUCUCUCAUAACCAGCUUGGAGGUCUCAUACCGGGAGGCACUCAGUUUCGAAGGCAGCCUUGCUCUUCUUUCGGAGAUAACGCAGGACUUUAUGGACCUUCUCUUGAUGACGUUUGCAAAGAUAUCCACCUUCCAGCAACGCAACAGGAUGAGACGCCAGAGGCAGAGGAAGAAGAUGAAGAGGUGUUUAGUUGGAUUGCAGCUGCAAUAGGAUUUGGACCUGGUAUUGUGUUUGGAUUGACGAUUGGAUAUAUAAUGGUUUUUUUACGAACCAGAGUGGUUCACAAAUCCAUUCCGCCGAAACAAACACAGAAGCAGAGCACCACUACUCAUUAG